CUUGUCCGUUAGCCAUCGUAAAGCCGGCCGGAACCAUCUUGCGCGACGUCUGAUUUUCCCGCGUGCUAACGAAGCGCUCGCAGGAAGCCGUCCCGCGAAGAUAGCAACGAAUGCAAAUGGCUGUCAUAGUAAUGUAUCCGUACUUGUCUGUCGUUCCCGCGUGUCUGACGCUCGAGUGUACCGCGAAAUUGUCGUGCGCGAUCGAUAUGUGAUGACCGGCGUCGGUCGUCGGAUAUCAAGUUGGUGUUGCUUGCGCGCGGUGGUGUGAACGUGUCUUCUUACAUUGGACAUUAAUUUGUUACGUACGCGUGCACGCGGGAAAUUGCUCGUGACGGGUGAGAAAACGAGAGAGAGAGAGAGAGAGAGAAAGAAAUACGCGCGCGCGCGCUCGUGGUGUGCACAUGUGUGUGUGCAUUACCUCCGACAUCGGCGAGCAAUUCCUCUCCGGUAGUCGUGUCGAGACCGAGUUAGAGCUCGAACUCACGACACCGCACGAUAUUGCGUAUGGUAAGCCGAUAGCCGCGCGAUUCCGUGUGCAAGAAACCAAAGUCCGAAGGAGCUCCACGCCAGAUGGUCGUCGUGCUCAUUUUGGAAAUAUACCGCCUAGGGAUCGCUCUACAUCUACAAGCAGGUAUACUGCUUCACAAAGACUAACGGAAGGAAUUUUGAACUGUGAGAAAGAUGCCUGCAGUCAGCGUCUGCGAUCCUAUUGUAGCUAGGCUUCACUGCGCUCUGAAUAACAGUCCGUCUAAGAGCACAGAUGAUCUGUCGAUCGAGCUAGUGAGCAAUGCCUCACGGAUCAUACAAACAGAAAUUCGUUAUGAGGAAUUGAAGAAUUUCCAAGUGACAAGUCAGGUGCAAGCUAAUUGUAACAUCUUCCUCAACUUGUCUCCUGAAAAUUUAGAGGGAAGCAAAGGGAAAGAUGGCGCAAUCUAUAAGAAGAAUGAUACGAACAAAGGGCCGAUUCUACCAGAACCAAGUGUCACUCUGUAUUCUCCCAAAAAAAUUCAUCUUGGAUGGAAAGGCACGUGUCCAGUCGGAGCUGGCAUGUACAACGUUGGAAAUACUUGUUAUCUGAACAGCACUCUUCAGGCAUUGUUUCAUGUUCCAGCUCUCGUCAAUUGGUUGCUGUCUGAUCCACAUCAUAAUUCCAAGUGUGAGCAAAACAUUUUAGAUGGCGGUGGAGAAUGCCUUACAUGUGCAGUAGCCAAGACUCUGCAGUUCAGUCAUCAAAAGUCUGGUGGUGCAAUCAAACCGUUUUAUGUGUAUAAUAAACUAAAGCUCAUUUGCCGAACUAUGGUGCCUGGACAACAAGAAGAUGCUCAUGAAUUUUUACGCUAUUUAUUGGAAGGAAUGGAACGCGCGUAUUUGACUAAGCAUAAAGCAACUAAGUUGGAUAACUAUUCUAAGGAAACGACACCUAUUAAUCAAAUAUUUGGUGGAUAUAUACGUACUGAAGUAAAGUGCCUGCAAUGUCAACAUGUUUCUACCACGUUUCAACACUUUCAAGAUUUGCUUGUGGAUAUACGCAAGGCGAAUACACUGGACGAAGCAUUAAAUAGUUACUUCAGUAGAGAACAAUUGGAUAACAAUGACUAUAAAUGUGAAGCCUGCAAGAGAAGAGUUCCUGCUACCAAACAAUUUACUCUGGAACGUCCGCCAAAAGUGUUGUGUGUACAGUUAAAACGAUUUAGCUAUUUAGGAGGAAAAAUAUCUAGACACAUCGGUUUUAAACAGACUAUAGAUAUGGGCCAAUAUUUGUGGAGGGAACCGGGCGAAUCUCCCAAACAGUUAACUUAUAAACUUAUGUCAAUGGUAACGCACAUGGGCCCGUCUGUAAACUGUGGCCACUAUACGGCGAUUGCACAAGUAUCGAGCGGUCAAUAUUAUUCCUUCGACGAUUCUUGCGUUCGUCCAAUAAGCCUUAAUAAUGUAUUAAGUACAAAUGCGUAUAUUAUGAUUUUCGAAAUGGAAAAUGAUAGUCAAACUCAACAAACCGCGAAAAUGAAUGGCACAACAUCGGCAAAGAAUAUGCCGACUUCGCUUUCCAAUUCUACAAAUAAGUCUUCUGUAUCCAAAGCCUUGAUAUCCGCUGGAUGUUUUGCAAACGGAUCAUCAAGCGGAUUACCAAAUGACUUCGGUAAUACAAGUAAACCAACGUUAAUCGGUCCGCAACUCCCACCACAAAGAAAUAUAGAAUUAAAUCUUCCUGUACAAAAAUCCAAUGAAUCUGUUAGUACACAAUUGCCACAGAAAACGCAGGAUAAAUCGCAACCAAGGUUAGUUGUGCACAUUAAAAACGGAAAGGUUCUGAAUGGAAACAGUUUAGUGCCCUAUGAUGGUUCCAGUGAGGAAGAAGAUUGUUCCUCUGGGACAGGGACUUCAAAAAGUCAAAUAUCAAAUACUGCAUCUCGAAUUAAUAUCACGAACGGUGUGCCAAAAUGCCUUGCGAAAGAUGUAAAAACAGUCUCCAAUUCUAAAGAGUUGCAAAAAACUAAUUCCAAGAGCAAUACUGUCGGCGUAUCAACAAUGGCGACGACGCAAGUUACAAUUGUAGAUUGUACAAAAAUGCAAAAUGGAUCCAACAAUAACGGCCGGAUAAAUAUGCUGAAACAUCAAAAUGGAAAAAUUGAAACAAAUGGUCAGUCUGAGCAGCGCGAUAAAGAUAAAUGCCGCCAGACUAUCAGAAAAAAUGGACAAGAAGAAAUCAUAUCUACGAAGGCUACAACUAGCAACGUUAAAAACUGGCAAGUCAAGGAUACAACUCGUAUUCUCAGUGGGUCUACUAAUGGAUGGUCAUAUACUGACAAUAGAGAGGAUACUAAAUCAAAUCAAAGUAAUACGACACCGAGUGCCGCGGCUGUGCGAAAUUUUAACGGUACCAAUGAUUCGGACACUGUUUCACAUUUAUUAAAAAUGUCACAUCGCGGAUAUGGCAGUUCCUCAGUAAUGAAUUGGAACGGCAAUAGAACACAGAUCGUCCGCGAUGUUGAUAAUGACAGACGAGAAGAACGUAAACGUCAUUUUAACACUGACGAUGAGGAAAUAGAUAAAGGCCGGACAAAGAAGAUUAAGGACCACACGAAUCGUCGGUCAUACGAAGAGAGAUCCAGUACAAGCUACAAGUCAUUCCAUAAAUGGAAUCGACCAGUUAAUGGUUAUCAUCAUCAUAAUCAUCAUCAUCAUCAUCAUCAUCAUCAUCAUCAUCAUCGAAGAUAUCCUUAUAAUACUUCUUACGCGCGGCCACGGCACGGAAACAAUUAUAGACCGCCACAUUAUAGACAUCACUCUUAUAGAUAUCUAUAGAUAUCAGUAAUGCUCACUCUCGCUGCCAUUAGCAAUGUGAAUGACCGGCAGAGAUAUGUAAACGGAGAACGAUUUUUAGGAGCUAUAUCGACAAUUCAGAAAUCGACCUGUUUUAACAGACUGUGUGAUUAUACACUGAUUGAUUUUCAUUUGUAAAAUAGUUAUCGUUUUUCAAUGCAAGUGAAUUUGGAAGUAAACUGUUGGAUGCUGACAGUUGAUGCGUUCAUUCAAAUCUCAUGAUGACUCAUUUAUGGUGAUUCAUUUAAAAAAACAAUGCAUGUUCCUGACAAACUCGUCGUGGCAUUUUUUGCCUCUUGUAUAAGUUUGGUAUACAUGUAUAUCGAAUGAAUCGAUUCAUGGGGGACGAGUAUCAUCAACUAUACAUACCAUUUUGUGUUCAAUAUAAAUUAUUAUAGAAAAUUAUAAUUUUCUUCAAAAGUAAUAACUUUCAAAAGUAAUAAAUGAGCAAAAUAAGAUGUUAGAUUAACAGUAAAUUAAUAUAUAUUUGAGAUUCAGCCUCAAUAAAAUUGCACACACAAAAUAUAUUAAAACAUUUCGACUCACAAUCUUCUUUAGUUACAAUAAGAAAUUAUCCUAGCAUUCUAAUCGUAAAUAAAAGUCAAUGGAAACUUAAUGUCAUAAUUGUACCGCAACACACCGAAGUAUUGGUAUACCAUGUCCAUAAAAAGUCAAGAUAUCAAAAAUUAUAACCCUUGUUUAACAGCGAAAAUCACAUUAAAUCCAUCAGAAUGAAAUCAAUGAUAUAAAAUAAUCUAGAUCGAGAUAUAUUAAAAAUUGUGUAAAAAAAAAGAAUUUAUACAGAGUGUCCCAUUUUAAUAUCCCACCUCAAAUAACUUUAUUUUUUAUUUUAGAAAAAAAAAUGUUUCAAACGAAAGUCCGUCGGUCGGACACCUUGCCAGUGGUGCUGUUACUUGCAAGCCUUAUAACUCGAAAAGUUAAAUGAACUUAAUUACAGUGUUUGGAAAGCUCUCGAGAUGAUCUACAAGAAUGUGCAAUAAAAAGUAGGGGGUUCCAUUUAAGAAAUUAAAGAUAGCCACGUGACCUUCAAGGUCAAACUAAUGAUACCAUCUUAUAUCCCCCUCAAAGUUAUAUAAUUUUUGUCUGAAAUAUUUUUUUUCUAAAAUCAAAAAUAAAGUUAUUUGAAGAAGGGCAUUAAAAUGGGACAUCCUAUAUCAUCCUAUAUCAGUAGUCAUGUAACUUAUAGUCACUUACAGGUGUGAAACAUUUGACACAUAACUGUCUGGCAAUGAUAUUGGUGUUAUCGCUCUUAUCGAAAUCCUGAGAUGACCUGAGGUCAACGAGCAAUAACAUUAUAUAUGACAGGUACUCUUCCCCCCUGUGAGAAGCAAUGUUAAGGGAGAUAGUCAUUCUACGAAAACGACUAGAGUUAUAAUAAUGUUUGUUGGGGCGUUUCGAAAUAAAAGGCGCAGAUUAGCAAUUAGUACGUUUGAUGGCAGUGUCGCGCUACUUUUUGUUACUAUAAAUUACAAUAGCACAUACUCCUCUAUCAGUAAACGCGAAUUUAAAUAUGAAUUUAAAUAUGUUUCUACUGCAAUUAUUAAAAUAAUUGUGUAUAACUAAAUA